AUGGCUGACAUGCCCGCUCCUAUCUUCUCGCCUCCCCCUACCACCGCCAACCCCGCAGCUGUACCUCCUCGACGAGAUGACCGCCCCCUAAGAAGCUCGUGCGGCCAGUGCAACCAGGCCAAGGUCAAAUGCUCGAAGGAAAGACCAACCUGCCGACGCUGUGCUACGAGGAAUACACCCUGUGUCUACAGCAUUUCAUUGCGCGGGGUAAAAAGACCACGACCUCGCCCACAAGCGGACCAGGCCUGCCCGCCGAAGGAAAAGAAGAGAACCAUCUCAAUCCCAUCACCAAUCUUCUCAGAACCUCUACCUACAACCACCUUCGACUUCCCACCACAGCCGACAUGCCUACCCGACCUAGGUAGCAGCGACAUCUACCCUGACGGCUUCGUAGACGACGACCUGGCUGGAUUCCUCUCAAUGAACCCCUUCGACGCGCCUCUCCCCGAUCCAACAACAUUCCCCUUCCCAUUAGACUUCCCAGACUCACAACCCGCUCCUCCCAUUCAACCAGUGGUUGCACCGCAGAUGGCCCUGCGUCCGAUGACGAUCCCUCUCAGCCCCAUCUCACCCCCCGGCUCGCGGGACGGACACUGCCAGCUCGCAACCGUCCCCACCGGAACACCCUGCCUCAGCUCGCCAGUCCAAGCGCCAGUCCCAGCAACCUGCUGGUGCCAGCAAACCAUCAGCUUCAAGCUAACGGAGCUGAGCAUGCCGAAACCACCAAACAGCACCUUGAUCCUCGACGACUUCCUCACCGAGCACCGCGCCAAUAUGGCCCUCUGCACAAGCGUUCUCCACUGCGCAGACCCACACCAUACACCGGGCAUGCUGCUGCUCACGCAGAUGAUCGCCCUCCUGCAGUACAUGACCGCUGCCUUUGACCAGAUCCUCCCACGAGGCGACACGAGCGUGCAGCAGCAGCAACAGCAGCAGCCGCCUGCACCGCCGCCAACUCCCGUCUCGCGCUCAACGUCAGCAUCUACAUCGCCCAUCGGCCACCGCAAAGAACAGAUCACUCAAGCAAACACGCUACGCGCCGAGCUCGCGAAACUAGGCGUCCUCAUCCAAGAAUUCGAUCGCAGAUACUGCACCCUAGAUAACCCCGGUUUCGGCGACGCCACAUUUCUCCUCUCGCCGCUAUUCGCGAACCUCCUGUGGAAGACGCAGGCGAAGUUUGACGCCGUGAGGUCCUGGAUGCCUUGGCUAUAG